GUGCCAAAAAAUAAAUAAAUAAAUAAAAAGAAAACCCUUUUAAAUUUGCAGAGAAUUUUUCUUCGCCGUGCAAGCCAUCUUCUCAGGCGAAACUCCGUUCUUUCGUCUAUCCCUGCCUUUCUCGAAAAUUCUAUUCCUCAUUUCCUCGAUCUCCGCUUUCAGGUGGUCCUUCUAUUAAAUAGCUUGAAUUUAGCUGUUAAAAAUUAUCAGGCACGGAUGAAACAAUGGUUAUUAUGUCUGAACUGAUUGAAGGACUUCCAGACGCUGUUGCAAUUAGGUGCCUUGCACGAGUUCCCUUCUACCUUCAUCCUAAGUUAGAGCUUGUCUCUCGUUCUUGGCAAGAAGCCAUUCAUAGCCUUGAGCUAUUUAAAGCUAGACAGGAGGUUUGUGCAUCCGAGGAUCUAUUGUGUGUCUGUGCUUUGGACCCAGAAAACUUAUGGCAGCUCUAUGACCCUUUACGUGAUCUGUGGAUUACACUUCCUGUUCUUCCCUCAACUAUCAGGCAACUUUCCCAUUUUGGUGCUGUCUCCACUGCUGGAAAGCUAUUUGUGAUUGGUGGAGGAAGUGAUGCAGUUGAUCCAUUGACUGGUGAUCAGGAUGGGAAUUUUGCAACAAAUGAAGUCUGGUCGUAUGAUCCUGUAGCACGGCGGUGGGCCCAAUGUGCAUCAAUGCUUGUGCCCCGUUCUAUGUUUGCAUGCUGUGUAUUGAAUGGAAAGAUUGUUGUGGCUGGGGGCUUCACUAGCUGUAGAAAAUCUAUAUCUCAGGCAGAAAUUUAUGACCCUGAGAAGGAUAUAUGGAUUCCAAUGCCUGAUCUUCAUCGUACCCACAAUUCAGCCUGUUCAGGAGUAGUGAUUGAGGGGAAGUUGCAUGUAUUACACAAGGGGUUGCCUACAGUUCAAGUUUUGGAAAAUGCAGGGCAUGGAUGGACAUGGACCGUCAAGGAAUGGAGCUGGCUUCAGGGUCCAAUGGCAGUUGUUCGGGGAUCCCUCUAUGUGAUGAGCCAUGGUAUUAUUAUUCAGCAGGACAAAGAAGGGAGAAAGAUGGUUUGUUCUGCAUCAGAGUUUCGAAGGAGAAUCGGUUGCGCAAUGAUUGGAUUGGGUGACAAGUUAUAUGUGAUUGGAGGAUUCAUCGGUCCUGACAGGUGGAACUGGGACAUCAAACCAUUAUCUGAUGUUGAUGUUCUCACGCUUGGGACUGAGAGACCAACUUGGCGCCCGGCAGCUCAGAUGACACGGUGUCGUGGUACUAUCCUUGGCUGUACACCACUGAGAAUUUAGACCUUCACUUGUUGCGCUUACAUGUAACUCUGCUUCUAUCGAGGGUUUGGAUCCCUUGAAGUGGAGGCAAAGAACGAGAUACAUGAUGGCUUCUUUGUUUUGCAUGCAAGCCAUAAACUUUGUCCUUGUUUUGCGUUGAUUAUAAAUUUAUGUCAUCAAUGAGCGAGGCAUGGGUCGAAUCAAAACAUUCAAGGUCAACUACUAGUAAAGAAUUAAUAAUCUUAUUGAUGAAGGACUGUCUUUAUAGUCGGGCAAA